AUAAAGGCAGCCGUGGUGGCGGUGGCGCAGAGCUCCCUGCGCCCCGCAGUCCGGACUGGGACAGCUGGAGACUCCCGGAGCCUGAUCUGCAGCCGCACCAGCACGGCUUCCUGGGAACUAGGCUCGCAAAGUAAUAUUACUCCUUUCUCUCUCUCUGUCCCUCUCACUCUCUCGUUCUGAGAUGAGGGCCCUGGGCGCAGUGGGUGCUGCCCGGGUCUUGGUUGCCCUGGUAGCCGCAGCUCUUUGCAGCCACCCUCUACUGGGAGUGAGCGCCACCUUGAACUCCGUUCUCAAUUCCAACGCCAUCAAGAACCUGCCCCCACCACUGGGCGGCGCUGCCGGGCACCCAGGCUCACCAGUCAGCGUCGCUCCCGGAAUUCUAUAUGAUGGAGGCAACAAGUACCAGACCAUUGACAACUACCAGCCGUAUCCAUGCGCGGAGGAUGAGGAGUGCAGCACUGAUGAGUACUGCGCGAGUCCCGCCCGCAGCGGGGGCACCGGCGCGCAGAUAUGCCUGGCCUGCAGGAAGCGCCGAAAACGCUGCAUGCGUCAUGCUAUGUGCUGCCCAGGCAAUUACUGCAAAAACGGAAUAUGUAUGCCUUCCGAACACAGCCAUUUCCAUCGAGGGGAAAUUGAGGAAACCGUCGUUGAAAGCUUCGGUAAUGAUCACAGCACCCUGGAUGGGUACUCCCGAAGAACUACACUGUCUUCAAAAAUUUAUCAUACCAAAGGACAAGAAGGUUCUGUCUGUCUCCGAUCAUCAGAUUGUGCUACAGGCUUGUGUUGUGCUAGACACUUCUGGUCUAAAAUCUGUAAACCUGUCCUCAAAGAAGGUCAAGUGUGCACCAAGCACAGGAGAAAAGGCUCUCACGGGCUGGAGAUCUUCCAGCGCUGUUACUGCGGAGAAGGUCUGUCUUGCCGGAUACAGAAAGAUCACCAUCAAGCCAGUAACUCCUCUAGGCUUCACACCUGUCAGAGACACUAAGCCAGCUGUCCAAACACACUGGACUCCUUUAUAUAAUAUAUGCUAUGAGAACCUUUUGUGACUUUUGCCAGCUCAGUCCUUAAGGAUGUACAAAGUCUGUGGUUACGGUUAAGCAUUCCAAUAAUACCUUCUGAAAAUCGGAGUGUAAGAGCUUUGUUUCUUUAUGGAACUCUCCUGUCAUCGAUUGCAGUAAAUUACUGUGUUGUAAAUUCUCAGUGUGGCACUUACCUGUAAAUGCAACGAAACUUUUAUUUUUUUUCUAAAGGUGCUGCAUUGUCUGUUGUUCCUCUUGUUAUGUAAAUUUUUGUACACACUGAUUGUUACCUUGACUCUGAUAAAUAUUCUAUAUUAGACUGUAAUAAAUAAUUUUAGCUUAUACUUCCAAAAUGCACAACCCGUUCCCCUUUUAAUUCUAGAAUCUAGACCGCAAGGAGCUUUUGGAAUGACAAAUGAUAGAUAUUUAAAAUUUAGCAUAAAAAUACUAGAUUAUUUUCUGAAAUGUCCUCUCUCAGUGCCACACACGCGCACAAUGAGGUAGCCCUUGAAAUAAAAUUUUACACUUAAUACCAUGAAAUGUUACAAGCAUAGGUAAAUUUUGACAUUGUGACCUUAAGGGCAUGUGUCUGUGUGUGUUGUACAGGGACAGAAAUGUGACAUGUUGAAAGAUGAUUAGAGACAGAUUAUCUUAAUGUAAAGCAAUAUUAAUUAAUUUUUAGUAAUUUUAAAGGUAAAUAUAUUCUUCAUGGACAACCUCAAAUAAUGAUGGUGUAUAAGAUUGAUUCUUACAUUACUACUUUCAAAAAUAGUUUCCAAUAAAUUAAUAAUAUCUACCCAAAUGGUUAAUAACCACUGGGCAACAAAGGACAUUUCUAACAAAAGCCAUACCAGCUCAGAGGACUUGAUGGUUAACAGGAAGAGGAUGUGUAUAUGUAGAAAUGCAGUUAACAAGUACAUGAAGCUUUGUACCAAGUUAAGUGAAUUUGAAGUAUCUUAAAUACUAGUUCGUGCCAGAAAGACCAGUUCUAAUUACUUUGAUUUUAAAAUAAUUAUUAAAU